AUGGUCCUUAAAACCUCGCUAUCGACGGCAAAUUCCAGCUACAAUGAUAUCGAGAUCUGGACAGAGACCGAAGGACUACCACGUCUGCUCCAAUAUGUCACCCAUAUAAACCACCAAAAAGUCCCUAUAUUCCUUGUUUCUCACGGUCCAUUCCGUGUUUAUUCUCAGAACUCGAUGACAGAGCAGUAUUUUGGACAGAACAUCGCAUGCUAUCAGAACUACACGGGAAUACUAGCGAAAAGCACCAACGAGGACGUAUACGCGGUAUUCUUUGGUGACCAGAACCUUGAAAUCUGGUCUUACUUUGUCGAUUUUUCGAUAGUAGACCUGUUUCAACAGUUGGCGGAGAAGGAUGUGAACUGUUACUACACUGGGGUGCCUACUGUCAUGUCCAGGUCAAACACGGCCAUUUUCGACCGUGUGCUAGAAAACAAAGUGGGAAACACCAAAAAGCCCACUGCCCCUCGCCAGAUGCCUCCACUGAUGCUCUCAACAACUCACCAAAUCUCACAGGCCGUUAAUAAAAUGGUGCUGUCGGCAUUAAGACUACGAGGCCUUACAACAAGUGGAAACUCAAAUGAAAUGGUUGCUGUACGUGAAAUCUACCACAUGACACGGAAAGCAGCAAUGUUCAGUUUGCGCAAGUACCAUUAUAACUUCAAUGGGUCAAAAAGAGAAGACGCAAAUAUUCAGAUGGAAGAUAUUCAAGAUGUGGUGGAACGUCUACUCGAGGUAUUUUUGGAUGUGGAAAGUACAACUGCCUCAGGCAAGUAA